AUGUCAAAUAAUCAAGUUUUUGAAUGCCAAAAGUGUGAUACUCCAUUAAAUUUAGAUCAAAGUUUAUUGAAUCUAAAUGAAUCACAAUUAAAAUUACUUGUUAGUCAAAAGAAACAUAAACUAUUUAGAAAGGCAAAUUCACAAAUCUUGAAAGAUUUGGAUCCACAAGACUAUAUCCCACAAGAUCGACUCGAAAUGUAUCAAGGAAUCACCAAUCAAGAACCCAUAAACCACCGAAACUAUUUUGAAAGUGAGGAUGAUGAAGAUGAUGAAUAUGAAGAUGAAGAACAGAAUAAUCAACAACAAAAACUACAUGACUCUGGUUUCACUUCUGACUCCAAUUCCUAUUUAGUACUCAAUGAAUCAGAUGAAUUUAAAGAAAAUAUAAAGAACAGUCACGAUGGAGAUGACACUGAAGAUCGAUCCACUGAUGAGAGAAAUGAUUUUCGAAUGUCUACUCGAAUAAAAACAUUAAAUAAAAUAUUUGCAAUAUUAUCCAAUAAUCAAGAAAUUGAUCAUCCAUUAUCAGAAGAUUGUGCCAAAUUAUUAAUUGAAAACUAUCAAUUGAAAUUUGAUCAGAGUCAAAAGGAAAAAGAAACUUAUUUAUCAUUUUUAAGGAAAUUAAAAGAUAAAGAUAGUCAAUUGAAUUUAUAUAAUGAAGAUGAUGAAAAUAACGAAAUAGUGAAUCCUGAUUUGUUACAUCAAGAUUUGGAUCAAAAAUUAUAUCAAUCAAUUCAAGAAUUCCAAAAGUUGAGUGUUCAGGAAAAAGAGAAUUUGAAAGAGUUGAAAAAAUUAGAACAAACUAAGACAGAAUUGGAAACCCAACUUUCUAAUUAUGAACAAGAACUUAAUAAUCUUAGGGAAAAUGGGUUAAAUUCGAUUUUAAAAUUGAAGAACAAAUUACAAUUGGAAUUGAAUGAGAAAAACAAGAAAUUGGAACAAUCUAAAGCAGCUUAUGAUGUUCAAUUAGAUCAUAUUGAUAAAUUACGGAAUCUUAAUAUAUACACUCGAAUAUUCCAUAUCUCAUGUGAUAGUCAAGAUAAAUUUGCUACAAUAAAUGGCUUUAGAUUGGGUCACAAAAUAAUAUGGCCAGAAAUCAAUGCCGCAUUAGGUCAAAUAGUAUUAUUAUUGGUAUUCCUUAUAAAGCGAUUGAAAUUAGAUUUGAAAAAUUAUAAAUUAGUACCUAUGGGAUCUCAAUCUCAGAUAAUAAAAUUCAGUGCCAAGGAUGCAGUAGAUGGAACUACCAAAUCAAAAACUAUAUUAAAUUUGUAUUCAUCCGAUGAGUUCUCAUUAGGGAAACUAUUCAAUUUUAAUAAAUUAGAUGUGGCUAUGAUAGCACUUUUAGAUAUUGUUUCACUUAUAGAAGCCAAAGUAUUAUCUAUUGAUCAAGAAAUCGAAUUACCUUAUAAAAUAAAAAAUGAUACAAUAGGUGGUAAAAGCAUCAGAGUCACAUCAAACUCGGAAUGGACUUCAAGUUGUAAAUUUUUAUUGACAAAUUUGAAUUGGAUUCUAACUUUUGUUAGUGCUCAUACAAAUAGUGAAGAAACUUUAUAA